AUGCUAUAAAAAUUAAAUUUAAAAAUAUCUUUUAUUGAUUAUAUAUUAUACUAAUAUUUAAACAUCUUAUUUGCUUUAUCUGAUCUUCUAUUAUCAUAAUAUUUAAGAAUAAUUUAAGAAAUAAAGCAAAAAGGAUUAAUAAUUAAUAAGAGAAAUUAUGGUAUUCUAAAAAGUUUUAUUUCUAAUUUCUCAUUCAGAUUAUCACCACAGAGUGAAUAUAAGGAACACAAAAAGAUCAAUAAAAUAAAAUUUUUUUAAUGUAAAACAAUACUUAAUAUAACAACUAUAUGUUUUAUAAAAAGUUGUUCAUCUUCAAAAAAUACAAAUAAUGAGAAAUUAGUGGAAGAUAUUUUAUCUCAAAAUUUAAAAUUAACAAUAUGCAUUGAGAUGAUUACGUAUAUUAGAUAAUAUCACAUAAGAUAAAUAGAAUAAUAUAAAUAUAUUAUUAAAAUAUAAGUUAUAUACUUCAAUUAUAAGAUAGAUAUUGUAUAAUAUGCAACUUUAUAAUUAUUUAAUAUAUAAAAUUAUUAUUUUUUCAAUGACAAUUCUGAAAAAUUCAACAUAGUAAAUGAAUUUAACAAUUAUUUUAUACACCAUUUAUAGUUUAGAGUUUGA